UCUUUGAUUCACUCAAGUCAGACUCAUAUUUUAAAAUUAGAUUAAAUCUUCUGGUUAUCUGUCUGUCUGUCUGUCCAUCUUCCUUAUCGCCACCAUUUUGACAGAGUUUCCCACCUACCUGUGCGAAGAGCAGAGUCUAACUAUCUGUAACCGCACUGAACCUGAACCUGGAUCGACCAUCAACCUGAUGAGCCUGAACCUGAACCUGAACCUGAACCUGAACCUGAGCCUGAACCUGAGCCUGAACCUGAACCGUUCAUCUUCUUCUUCCUCUUCCUCUUCCUCUCGCGCCAAUCCAAGAUAAUUUCCGAAAACGACGCCAACCUCUAUUCUCCAUUCUACAUUCUACAUUCUACAUUCUACUCUCUACUCUCUACUCUCUACUCUCUACUCUCUACCCUUUACUCCUCUUACUUUCAAGGUUGGUUUAUUAUUCCAUCUUCAGCUUUCCUCUCGGCAAAUCAAAAAUAUCUUCCCUGAUUUAUCAUUUUCAAUAAACCGACUUGGCUCUCUCCUUCAUCUCCCUCGGUCUAUUGAAUACUCUCUUUGCAUCAUCAAACAUGGGAAGUUUUGUUUUUAAGUGGUAAGCUUUUUCUUUUCCCCCCUUCGUUCACUUGUCUGGCCCUCAUCGCUCCCAUUGUCCAAUGAUGAUUUCGAAAAUUUAAGACCCUGAGAUAACUCCUCUCUCUUGCAUUGCGAUCUCCAUUAUCUGCGAACAUGGGAAACUUAUGCGCAAGAUGAUCUUCUACAAUGGCACAAACCUUUCCUGACUUUUGACUCCUCUUAUCAAAAUGAUCCUUUUUCAAUAGCUAAUAUUAUGGUUGUUAGGGAACAUCCUGCUGAAGAGGUCUUUGUUACUGGAACAUUCGAUAACUGGUCCAAGAGCGAAAAGUUGGUAAAGACUGGAGACGUCUUCCAGAAGGACGUCCAACUGGCAAAUGCUGCAGAAAAGAUUUAUUACAAGGUGAGCCAAAUUUGAAGGGACAUGAUGUUGGACUUGAUGUCGGAAAUUGUUUAUGGGUAACAGGAAUCAUGGUAAUAUUGAUUUGCGAUCAAGUUUUCAUUGAAGGAAUCGAGGUGGUCAGUCAAAUGCGCCUAGUGAUUCAAAUUCCACUUCUCAAAGGGCAUGCGUCAAAGUGAGACUUGCAGCUUUAGCAGAAGCUGCAGAACCUCCACUUAUGACGCAUGCAGUUACUUUUGCCCACUCACUAGAGAAAAAAAACUUUCUUGAAGAGAUCAGGCUUCGAAAGUUGGCAAUUUACUUUCCUAAUAAUAAACAGGCUUCUUGGUUGCAUGGUUAAUUUAGUCGCACACGCUGCCUUUUGGUCCGGCCUAUUCCCCAACCCCGCUUGUUUGUUUGCUUCAGCUAUGUUCAGCUCCGACCUUCUUUAGAAAGACAGCCUGACCCAUUUUCAAUUUUUUCUGCCAUUUUUCCUCGGACUUGCAAAAAAAUUCCCAAGUCUUCAGAAGCUAAUUGAAUCACUUAACAGUUCGUUGUCGACGGUAACUGGGUUACAGAUCACACCGCUCCUCAAGAAAACGACGCUUCGGGGAACCUAAACAACGUCCUCACGACGGAUAGAAUUGUGAAGCAUACACCUGCGACUGCUGGAAUCAUGUCUGGCGUGGCACCAACCUCAACUACGUCAGAGUUGGCAAAGAAUGUUCCUCUUGAAAAGGAGAAAUCUCCACUUGAACAAAAUGGCACCUCGGCUCUGCCUGGAGCCUUCCCCGAAACUCCUGCUGCUGUGGAAACCGGUGAUUUCUCUGUAAAUCCUCUCCCCGCUGCAGAUGGUGCAGUCAACCCUAUCAAGCUCGCACCGGGAGAGAAAGUUCCAGAUUCAGGCUCUUUCACCACCAACACUGUCACUUCCGGUGUACAUGAUGAUCCUGAACUUGUCGCUGCGGACAAGGCCAAAUCCGAGUCCGAGCCGACAUUUGGUGUCUCACCGCUUCCCGCUUCCGCCGGUGCGGUUAAUCCUAUAAAACUUGCACCUGGGGAGAAGAUCCCUGAAUCAAGUGACUUUACUGCCAACACCAUCCACUCAACCGUUCGUACUGACAAAGAAUCGUAUGAAAACAGUGGCGCAUUUGGCAAUGCUCCUAUUCUUCCCCCUGUCGUUACUCCUCAGGCUGAGCGUGAAGCGCAUGGUACUGGAAUUCUCGAUUUGCCUCCUGCGGCCAAGAACUUGAUUCCUGAGUCAAGCUUGCCAGUCGGAGAAGGUGGCGUAGGAACAUUCGAUGGAACAAACCCAACCAUCCAGUCCGUGGGUCCUCAAAGCACAACAGCAAUGCUUGCCGCCAAAGUUCCCCUCGAAUCAGCAAAGGCGCCAGCGGUGGUCAAGGAGAGCCAGAAGAAGGCAGGAGCUGCUCCAGGAGCUAGCGCCAUUCCAUCCGAAGUUUCUGAAAAGAGCGCAGUUGAGAAGGAACUUAAGAAGGAGGUUGAUGUUGCCCCAACAACUUCUGAGGGCGUCGCCGGUAAGGGCACAACCAAAACCGAAGAGGGUGUCACCGCCGCUGAGGCUGCCGCGGCUGUUGGAGCGGCUGCUAUGGCUCUGGGAGGUGCUGCGUAUGCUGCAGCCUCUGCUAUCCCAAGCAGGCUUCCAGAGAGCGUUACGAGCAUCCCAAGUAGGCUUCCAGAGAGUUUGACAAGCAAAUUGCCAGAAUCUGUUCAGCAAUCAAUUAACUCGAUAAAUGCCACAGGGACCGUUGAUCAAACAACUGCCGAGGACACUCCAGAAAUCGUAAAAAAAUCCAUUAUUGAGUCAGGUCAAAGCCCAGAGGCUGCUGCUAACGAUGCAGCUGUUCUCGAUAAGAAGGCUGUUGAGGAGGAAUUAUUGUCCGAAGUCAGGUCAGAGACAUCUACCGCCAAAGACACCCCCGCGGUUGUUAAGGAGUCAAUUGCGAAGUCAGGUCAAAGCCCAGAGGCUGCUGCCCAUGAAGAGGCGGUUCUUGAUAAGAAGGCUGUUGAGAAGGAAUUGCUGUCCGAAAUCAAACCGGAGAUCUCAACUGGUGAACCUGCACCAAAAAUUACCUCUCCAACAGACGUUGAGCCUGCUAAAUUGGAAGCUCCUACUGGCCCAGUUGUCACUAGCGGAGUCGCCUCUGUGGACAUCCCAACCACCUCAACUGCUGCUGCGCCUGCCGUUACCAGUGGAGUGGAAUCAACUAACGUUCCAACUAUCUCUGGUCCAACACCAACCGAGACAAAACCAGUCGAUUCCAGAGAUGUUUCACCACACACCAACCUCGCCAGUGGUGAGCAGACUGCACCCGUUGUUACCAGCGGAUUGGGCUCUACCACAACUGCUGAAACAUCGAAUGCUGCUCCAGCCACUCCUGCGAAGGAGAAUGCUACACCGUCCACAGCAAAAUCCUCCGUUGAGUCCGCUACUCCAUCUAGCACCCAUGCCGCAGACAGCCCUGCCAACUCCGCAGCGGCCGAUAAGAAGAAGAAGCGCACUAGCUUUUUCGGAAAGUUGAAGGCGAAAUUCCACAAGGAUUAGGGGAACGAUAAUGGUGGCUGAAUGAAAUGGGUAUGGUAAGACAAACGCAGCAUCUGUAUCCUUGGGAGGCACACUUUUUUUUUUCCUGAACUGUACGAUAUUACCAGCUCCUUGUUUUUCUUGUCCCAGGAACAUGUAAUGUGGAGGAAGGGGUUGAAGGGGGGAUAAGCCUAAAUGAGGGGAGAGUCUGAAUUGUGCUUUUUGAUACCGGCUGAGUUACCCCUGCCCGCCCUUGCUGCAUUGAAUUUUCUAGUUCUCGUUUUACAAAGUUACAACAAAUGGUUCUCUUGACUUCGCCGACAUUCUGGUGUUAGUUGGUAUUUAGUCUAGUUAGUGAUUGAUUGAUUGAUGAUGGGUUUAGUCGAUUCAUGAAAGAUAAAUUGGGAGUGGAGGAAAGCAAACAAGCGUACCACUUUGGAAAAUUGUAAAUACAGGCUUUUUCCCAUCUCACUAAUGAAAAAAAAAACUGCAUUUUCAAUAUUUCGACGUCGUGGAUUCAAGCUUUGAAUG